AUGAAGAAAGUGAUUGAUGCAUGCAAACGUGCCGACCCUCGAGAACUCGCGGCCGACAUAGUGAGGGACGUCGGUAAGUCUCCGUUUACUGAUGACGUCCUCAAUAUGGCGAAACCUCGCAGGUUUACCACACCCGUGUUCCAAACGUAUGACGGAACAAUCGACCCAGUGGACCACAUCAAGGGGUACAAAAAACAGAUGUCCAUCGAGACGACCGAUGAGAAAUUGAUGUGCAAGAUUUUCCGCUCAAGUCUCACAUGGCCUGCGUCGACGUGGUUUCAAGAUCUCAAACCGCAUUUCAUACCAGAUUUCGACACAUUAAGCCGCGCUUUCAUUUCACAAUACUUCUACAAUCGCAAACAAAAGAAGGACUUGGCGACUAUGUUCAACACUAAGCAGAAGCUAGGGAAAAAGGUAGGAAAAAUUUUCAAAAGGUUUAGAGCUAAAAUGAGCCAUGUUAAUUGUGAUCCCCAAUUCGCCGCAAUCGCGUUCCGAGAAGGAUUGCUUUUUGGAACACCGUUAUACGAAAGUUUGUUGCGUGAUCCGCCAAAGGACAUGGAUGGCAUCAUUACAAGGGUUGAGGGGGAGGUCAGAAUUGAAAAAGAGAAAGAAGCACGCGAAGCCCGACUCACUGUCGUUGUCACCUCGAGAGAAGUUGAAUGGAACAACACAAAAAAUGACAUUUAG